AUGAAAUCAUUCUCUCUCGCUUUCUCUCUCUCCUCCCGCUCUCUCUCUUUCUAUCACUCCUCUCUCUCUCUCUCUCUCUCUCUCUCUUUCCCUCCUCUCUCUUUCUCUCUCUCUCCCUCUUUCUCGCAUUUCCUCUCCAUCUCCCCUCUCUCUCUUUCUCUCUCUUUUUCUAUCUCUCCUCUCUCUCUCUUUCUCUCUCUUUUUCUAUCUCUCCCCUCUCUCUCUUUCUCUCCCCCCUCUCUCUAUCCUCCCUCUCUCUUUUUUCUCUUUCUCACCCUCUCUCUUUUUCUCUCCCCUUUCUCUCUCUCUCUCUUUCUCUCUAUCUCUUUCUCUCACAUUCCACUUCUACCCACUCCCUUCCAUCUCAAUACCAUUUCCGGAAACUUCGAGGCGGUCGACUUUGAUAUUUUCACUUUCUUCUCUUUUCAACCGAUAUCUCCACCGUUCUUUCUUUCUUUUUCUUUCUUUCUUUCUUUCUUUCUUUUUUCUUUCUUUCUUUCUUUAUUUCUUUUUCUUUCUUUCUUUCUUUCUUUCUUUUUUCUUUCUUUCUUUGUCCUUCGCUUUAUUUCAAUAACUUUUAUGGUUUAUUUUCUUUCAUUUUUCAUAUCUUUGUUUUCUAUUCUUUCAAAAUCGUUUCUUCACUAUUUUUCAUUUGCUUUUCUUUAUUAUUGCUUCCUUUUUCAUUCCCUUUUUUUCUUUCUUUCUUUCUUCCUUCUUUCUUUCUUUCUUUCUUUCUUUCUUUCUUUCUUUCCAAUGGUUAUAUAA